AUGCCAUCCAAUAAAGAGCGUCUGUACGUUGGAUUGUACGCUCGAGGAGGUACAGCGAAGAUGCCAGGUGGCGAAGACAAGUAUCAUUGGGCUUUGCUAGUUGGCCCCAAGGUCGAAAACAAUGAGACACGUGGCAAGCGGUUCCAUGCCAAAGAACGAAUCUACAGUGGUAUGCAGUCAGUCUGGGAGUUCAGUGAGCAGGAGACGGGCACAGCAUCUACCCUAAUGAUCUUGGUACGUAUUCAGGUGGCAAAGGUUAAGAGUAUGGAGAGACUUGAGAUUAUAUUGAGGAGUGUACCAGUUAGGGGGGAGCAAGAGGGAUGGAACUGUUUCGAGUGGGUCAGAGAAGCAUUAGCCACGCUGAAGAAUGAUAGCAAGGCUUUGGGGACUUCAGUGCUUGAUUGGGCAACUCUCCGUGACACAGCCAUGUCGUACGUUCAAGAGAAGGGUAUGAAGCAUCGAUUUGACGGUCAGGCUGCCCCAGGACAGUUCGAUACCAGCAUAGUGUGA